CUUCUCCUGCGAGAUGAGCCCCGCGACCAUCGUCCCCCCCCGGUUGCCGUCCGCCCGGGCCCUCCUCCGGAGAAAUGUCGAUCUCCCAUCCUGUCUCCGAUGCCAGACGGCGGGGCACAAUAGAGCACAUCCUUAACGAAUUGCGCGCGCACACGAGGCGAGAAGCCGAUGAGUAUCAUAGCUUCAUCUGUCGACAGGACCUCGUCAAGGUCUGGUCGAACACGGCCUCAAUUCACACCCUCCUCCAACCAGACAUCCUCUCCCCCGAAGACGUGGAUCGAAUCCAGCGCGACUUUAUCGCGAUCCUGUCCAUCCUUGUCACUAUCGAUGCAACCGCCUGUCUUGCCCAGUUCCGCAGAACAUUUCUCGAUGGUGAGAUAGGAGAUCGAGAUCUCCCCUUCACGAAGGAGAGAAUUCAAAGUUUCUUCUCAGAGGCGCCGGCAUCAGCCUUAUUGUUUCAUAACAAUCAGUGGAAGUUCUGUCCGGUAAAGAUACGGUCCAGUCGACACCAUCCGCUGCAGGAGGUGCCCUACCAGUGUCGACUCCCGUUUCAAUCCACCCCGAGAAAACUGGGCUCCGGGGGCUUUGGGGUGGUAAAUCUCGUGGAGGUAGCUCCGCGCUAUCUGAAGCUAAACGAAGGGGCCGAUUUCCCAUACCCCUACAAGGUCGCCUGCAAGAGGUUUCAACGCGUUCAAAAGCUUGCCGACUUCACCCAGGAGAUCAAAAACCUGAACCGCCUAAAAGAUGCUCUAACAGAGCAAAAGCAUAUAUUGCAACAUCUAGCCGCGAUCCAUCAUGGGCCAUACCAUUACAUUCUGUUUCCAUACGCUGAGAACGGCGAUCUCUACCAGUUCCUCCUAGACGGCAAUGGUGCCUACGACCCCCGCGACAAGUUUCCACACCUCCCAGAAGAAGGAGAUUCACUCAUAUUCAAGCCACUGUUAUAUCAAUGCUGGGCACUGGCGUCAGCUCUCAGGUGGUUGCAUGGCAGUAUCCAAGUCGGAACGGACACCUUUCUGUUUGCACAUAUGGACAUCAAACCGGAGAAUAUCCUGAUCAUGAAAGAUGAAUCCUCUGUGGUCGGAAAGUGGGUAAUCUCUGACUUUGGUGUCUCUGUUCAAAAGCCCGCCCUUGAAAUGUCGCAUCUAUCUCCAGAAAAGACAAUAGAAACCGAGCCAAUCCGCCCCAGAGGAACGUACCUGCCCCCCGAAGCUAUACGUCGAGGGACCGUGGCGGCCAGAGGCCAGACUGUCGGCCGUAAAGGGGAUAUCUGGUCUUACGGAUGUGUCUUCAGUGAAAUUCUUGCCUGGGCAAUCGGAAGGGGAUCAGGUGUGGAGGAAUUUUCCAAUUCACGAAUCAGAGAAAAUAGCAGUGACAACUUUUGGGAACAGGGCAAAUCUGGCAGUUUGACACCAGAGCCAAAUCGGCCCAGGCUACGAGAAUCAGUGGUCAAGUGGCUUAACUCCCUUCCCAGUCCCUCGUCCGCAAUUGUGGUAAGGGUCUGGGCAGAAUCUAUCCAACAAAUCCUAGAUGCCAAUGUGGCUUCCAGGCCAAGUGCAGAGAGACUUGAGAGCCUUGUCAAGACGGUAUAUAAUUCCUGUGAUGUGCCUACUGACGACGACCGGAGCAUCUCGAGGUCUCUGAUAGAACUCCCACGCCCCGGUGAUUCGUCAUCGGACGACUCAUUUGCAUCUCCGCCAGGCUCACCUGAUGACCUUUCUGUUUCGGAAGGAGGCCCCCAAAAUCCCGUCACUAGUCAUUUCGACACUGGAUUUAGAAUUCAACACAACGAUAUGUACAGAAUAUUGCAUUACAAUAAAAAGGACAAUAUGGCGACAUGUUUGUCGCGGACCAUGUGGCAAGGCCGCGUACCAACAGCAUUUAUAUCACAGGACAAUAUCACAAUCAUCGAACUUGACCUCUAUCCUGGAAGCUUUGUCGUGUCGAAAAUAGUUCCGCUCCGUGGAGAGUGGAAGGAAUAUGGAGCUGUUAUCGAGGGCAGGUAUCUUGCGGCUUGGGGGGUUAGUAAGAGGGAUGGCAAGAACAUGCUCUAUAUCGGAGAUUUCACCACAAAUCUUGACGCGAUGCCUCUAGUCGACGUAAGGUUUGUAACCUCGGUGGCCGUAUCUCCGCAGGGAUUGUUUGCCCUUGUCCAAGACCAAUAUGUUGUCCUAGUCCGAGGCACGCCUGUGCAGGGGUAUUCUAUGCAUCGCCGUUUGUGCGGCUCCCCCGGCUUGGAUCAGACAUUUACGCAAGCGGUAUUCAAUGAUGGUGGCGAUUUGUUGUUCACGUGGGCCAGGUGCAGCAAGCAGGAGUCUCUAUAUGUGUGGAGGGUGACGGAUGAGAUGCAGGACCAACCAGAUUUUGUCGUGCACUAUUCUCUGCAGCAGCACAAUUCUAGGCAUACUGAAGUGAUACCGUACAGUUCCAGACCAGGCUGUUUACUUGCGGCUGUUGGUCUACAAGCGUACCUCGCCCUUUCUCUGAACCAUGAGGGCACAGAGCUUCCCCGCAUUUGGCGCUCUGACCAGCGACUGGAUAUAGUUAGAGGCUGUAUGGUCGGCGACAGCCAGCUUCUGGGGAUAGCCGACCGACGUCAUUUUGGAACUGGACAUUUGCAUCUGAAAAUGUACUCGAUCGCCCAGGAAAAUGACAUGGGCAUAAUUUCAUCAGGGGAAAAGCUGUGCAAGCUCCCCAGGGAAUGCAAGUCUUCGACUGCACUGCGAGCGUAUCUGAGGAAUGGAACCAUGACGGCAGUUGUAUGCAGCAAGGGGAGGCUUAUCAUUAUUGACGUGAACGAUAUCUAAUUGGCAUUCUUCAAGCGGCGCAUCCACAAUGCGAAGUUCAAAUCUGCAGAAUAGGCCAUGCCAGGCAGAAAGUACAAGACUAGGUUCUCACUUCACCGGUUGUUUCGGUUUCGACCUUUGUUGCCUCCGGUCGCUCAAACAACCGAAAAGGCUUCCUCUUCCACCACGAAUCAAACCACAUAAUCAGCACAUACACCACUCCGGUGGCCAGGGUCAGAGGUAACCAUGUGGCGAGGAAAACCCAGAAAUCCUUGGCAAUUACAAUCUCUCGCGCUUCGUCAUCAAAGUUGAAGAAAUUCAUCCCAUAUAUGCUGACCACGAAUGAGCCAGGGAGGUAGACCGCUGAUACAAAUGUGAUGAUCUUGACCGCAGCGCUAUCAUCCACCGUGUCCUGUUGCAGAUUCUUGAGGUGACUAGUAAGGUCGCGCAAUUCCUCAUUUACCCUUGCUGUUUCCAAUUGGGUGUGGAGCGACAGUGUAUAG